AUGUCGACCUUGAAAGACCGACAGCUUCCAUCCGACUGUGAGAAGCGUCAUAGCUCCUCGCCAGAAGCCGACGACGUUGCGCUCGGCGUGUUCGAGGAUUUGAGCGACAGUGACGGCGCUGUCAAUGAUACCAAGCUGUUGAGGAAGAUCGACAUGAGAUUGAUGCCUCUACCGCAAGUCCUUCCUCCAUGCGUCACGUACAUGCUUCAGUCCAUCGACAAGACCACGCUCUCAUACGCUGCCGUGUUCGACUUGAGAGAAGACACAAAUCUUGUUGGCAAAGAAUACUCCUGGCUGGGUUCACUGUUUUACCUCGGUUACCCCUUCUGA